ACACACAGUCACUCAGACUCGAGAGAGCACCUACUCCCCUACACACAGCCACAGAGUCAUCAUGUCUUCCAGCGGAGAGAAGUCCAAGGCUGCCUCCCAGACCGACGGGAAGGCCGCCCAGGGCAGGGGUCAGAGGCCAGAGCAGGGCAUGAUGUCCUACAAGAUGUGCGUGUUCGACCAGGAGAACUUCCAGGGCCGCUGUAUCGAGAUCACCAACGAGUGUAUGAACGUGUGUGACAUGGGCAUGGACAGAGUGCGCUCCCUGCGUGUGGACUGUGGCCCUUUCGUGGGCUACGAGCAGAUGAACUUCUGCGGUGAGAUGUACAUCCUGGAGAAGGGCGAGUACCCCCGCUGGGACUCCUGGAGCAACUGCCAGAAGAACGACUACCUGCUCUCCUUCAGACCUGUCAGAAUGGACCCCGAGAAGCACAAGAUCUGUCUGUACGAGGUUGGAGAGUUCAAGGGUCGCAAGAUGGAGAUCAUCGACGAUGAUGUCCCCAGCCUGUUCUCUUAUGGCUUCACCGACAGAGUGGGCAGCAUCAUGGUCAGCUGUGGAACCUGGGUGGGCUACCAGUUUCCUGGUUACCGUGGCAGCCAGUACCUGCUGGAGAAGGGCGAGUUCAGACACUUCAACGAGUACGGCGCCCGCUGCCCCCAGUUCCAGUCCGUGCGCCGCAUCCGCGACAUGCAGUGGCACCAGGAGGGCUGCUACACCAUGGCCAGCAAGUGAGGGAUCCGGAGGGCGAGAAAGAGAGGGAGCGCGGGUGAGGGAAAGGGAAGAGAGGGGGGAGGAGGAGGAGAAAGAGGAGGAUGCGGUGAAACGAGUGGACGACGAAGAGUGGCAGGGGGAGGCGGAGGAGGAGGAGGAGAAGAAGGAGGAAGGGCCAAGAAGGAGAGGAGGACUGGCCCGUAGCCCCUUGGCUAAAGGCGACACCGCCUCUAGUCCGAGGGAACCAGGGAGGCAGCGAUGGAGAAGGGAGGGAGGGCGACAUUAAAACGAGUUCAGCAGUGAGGGUCAGGGACACGAUGGGCUAUAUUGGCACACGCUACGGAGCAAUGUUCCCUAAGAGAACCCAAGAAAACAAGGCCAAUACGGAUGUGUGCGUGAGGAACUGACCAUCUGUGGGAUGGCUGCCUCCUUUGUUCUUCCUACCCUCCAUUCUUCACCUCUCAAGUUCUCCUCUCUUCCCCACCUUUUCACUCUCCCUUUCCUCCCUCUCUUUCUCAUCCUCCUUUAUACACACUUGUCACUAUCGUGAAAAAGUGAAGCAACCAAUGUGAAGAGGCCACUGGCUGUGUGAUUGGCCAGAGGUGAUGACUGGCAGGCAAGGGACAGUUUUGGGGAGGGGGGUGCACCGCCUGUAAACCAAACCCGCUCCCUUUUCAAUCAGUAAUAAUACUAAUAAAAAAAAUCAACACCCAAGA